GUAAUUUGCAGCAAAAAUACUUAAGUUUUAUGCCGAAUAGCAGAUAAAUACCUAAGUCCUAUUUUUGGCGGUAUAAAUACCUUCCGUCACUACUCUAGAACUUCCGUAGGUACCUCUCCGUUUUUGCAUUGUAAUGUGUCAGGUGUCGUGCCAUGUCAUUAAAAUAUAUGCCACAUCACUCACACCACUUAAACUUAACCAUGCCACAACAUACAUUAAAAACCCUCUUAAAAUAAAACCCUAAGAUUAAUUAAACCCUCUUAAAAUCAAAAUAAAAAUACUUACAAAAAAACCAAAAAAAUAAAAAAUAAAUAAAUAUUUUAUAUAACUCAAACCUAAAUAAUCUGAGGCAAAACUUUUCCACCAUUGUUGUAAGCUCGAAGGUGACAGUGAGGCAAUGGGACGGUGGUUUUGCGAUUGUAAACCACCAUUGGAAGUUGCGAUUCGCACCUCUAGGACGAUGAAGAAUCCUGGGAGAAGGUUCAAGUGCUGCCCAAUCCAUAAGAGGAAUGGUGGGUGCGAUUUUUUCGAGUGGGUUGACAGGGAGAUGUUUCGAAAUUGUGGAGGUGGAUGUUGUAUCCAUGGAGAUUGGAGUGGGCAUGAAGUUUCGAUGGGGUACUGUUCUGUGCAUCAACAAAGAACAGCCCCUUGCAGCCAUGGAGUUUGUACAAAUGGAGAUGUUGCUACUCAUUGUAGUAGUCAUCACAGUCAUGCACCUUUGGAAGAUUAUAAUGAAAGCACAUCUGCAUUUGAAAGGGGAAAAGAUCAUUAUUGGAUUUGGUUUUUAGGUUGUGUAGUUAUAGUUGUACUCUAUGUAAUGUUGUUCUGAAAUGAAGAAGGUUAAGAAUUGUACUAGUAAGCUUUAAUGUAUGAAUGAAUGACUCUUUUAUGUAUGAA